AUGAGUAAAGAAGUGCUAUUAGCUUUAUUACAAAAUGUAACUACUCAGUUAAAUGAUGAAAUAAUGGAAAUAACAGAAGAUAUUAAUUACCUGAAAAAUAAACAGAAGAUAACUAAAAAUAAAAGAAUAUGUGAUAUUGUAAAAAGAAAUUAUCAUAAAAGAAAAAAAAGAAAAUAUGAAGAAUUAAAUGAGUUUUUUUCAAAGUAUAUAAAAUUUUUAUUAGAUAAAAGAAAAGAUUACAUUGAAAGUUCAACAACACAAAACUUAGAAGGUGAUCAAUACAUAAAAAAAUUAAUGGAAAAUAUAAAUAAAACAAAUAUUAGUGAAGAAGAAAAUGUAAAAAAUCUAAAAGAUAUGUAUCAAAAAAGAAAUAUAUUAAAAGAUAUUUUGCGUUUAAUUAAAUCAAAUGAUAUAAAAAAUUUAAAUUAUGAAAAUUCGCAAAACAUAUUAUCUGAUCUAAUAUUAAAAAUAAAAGAUAUAAGUGAGAUUAAUGGGGAACACUGUAACAAAAUAGCCAACAAAAAAAAAAGUAAAUCAGAGAUAAAUAAAAUAAAAAAUGAAAAAAGAAUAAAUAACAUAGGAAAACAAAUUUUAAAUUAUCUAAAUCGAAAUGAUGAAACCUUCUCACAAAUGGAUGAGUCUUCAACUGCACCUCCAGCAUCAUCACGUACAUGUUCAAAUAGUGAAAAAGCAAGUGAUAAUGAACAAACAAAUAAAUCAAAAAACUUAAAGAAAGAAGAUUUUGCUAAUGAAGUAAAGAACAUGUUAUUAGAGAAUAAAGAAGAAAAAAAAAGCCUUGCUUAUUUUAAUAAUAGUAUACAAAAUGAAAAUACAAAAAUAUUAGAAAAAAGAAAUUCAUCUUAUUCAAAUCAUCAAUUUCAGCAUAAAUCAAACAAUAAAAUUUUUUUAAACUAUAAAUCAAAAAAAAAUGACUUUGAUAAAUUAUUAAAUAAGUUCAAUCUAACAAAAAAGAGUUUUAGCAAUACAGAAACAAAACUAAAAGUCUCAUUUUUAGAAAAUAAAGAAUUAAAUAAAGGUAAUAUAUCCCUUGCUAUGAAAAAUAAACAAAUAAAUAAUAGUUCUUCACUAAAUAGUAAUAUUAUAACAAGAUCAAAUAAUUUUUUGAAAACAUACAUGACCAAUAGUCAAAGUAGCAACUUAAAUAAUAAUUCAAAGGCACCAAUUAAUUAUCUUUCAUCAUCUAUAAAUGGAUAUAGUAGAAAUGUUCAUAAUAAAAGAGAUAAUGAAAAGAAAGGUGAAAAAGAAAGAAAAUAUCCUUCAAAUUCUUCUAGUUCUUUUUCUUCUUCUUCCAAUUUCAAAUAUAAAAAAUCUAGAUCCAAUUCUAAUAAUUCAUAUGGAAGAAAAAAAUAUAUAUUUAAAAUUAAUAAAAAUGGUAAAGGAGUUUUUUCAGUUGAUAGAGAAGAGAAAUUAUCAAAAAAUAUAUAUGAUUUUGAAAUAAUAUAUAAUGAUUCUGAUUCUAAUGAAUCUGAUAGACUCAUCAGCGCAGAAGAUAAAAAUAAGAAAAUAUUACAUUUUACAUUUGUAGAAAGUGGUAAAAAAAUACAUGAAGUAAAAAAUUUGUAUAUUUCAAAUGAUGAACUGAUUAAAAAUCUUCAUUUUUAUAAUAAUAAUAAUAAUAAUAAUUCCUCCGAUAUAAAAAAUAAAUACAGAGAUUAUAAUGGAAAUGAAAGUUCCCAUAAAGAAGAAAAAGAUAUGAAUGUUUUAGAAGAUAAAAUAAAAAAUUUAAAAGAGGAAAAUUUUAGAAGAAAAUAUGAGAUAACUAGAAUUAUAGAUGAUAUAAAAUACAAAAAGUUGCAUAUAAAUGAAGAAGAAUCUUAUAGUGUUGAAUUCGUAGAAACGAAUAGAUUAAGAGGGCUAUAUCUCCAAUUGCUUGAAAGGCAAAAUGAAUUAGAAAGAGAUAGAAAUUUUUAUAAAAAAGAAUUAGAAAAGCUACAAAAUGAUAUAAAAAAUAGCACAUUACCUAUUUCUGAGUUCUUUAAGGAAGAAAAGAAAAUUUUUUUAGAAAGAGAAAAAGAAUUCUAUAAAAAUGAAAAAAAUUACUUAAAGAAAAAAAAUGAAUUAAAGAAAACUAUCAUUGAACUUCAAAGUGAACUAGAUUUAACUCAAGAGAGACUAAUUAAGGAAAAAGAACUAAAUGAAAGUCUGAAUAAUAUAAUAAAAGAGCAUAAAGAUAUUUUAGAUAAAAGUAAAAUUGAACAAACAAAUUUAGAUGAUGCAAAUGAAACUAAAUUAAAGAUAUUAAAUGACGAAUGUGAACGAUUCAAGAAAACUAUUGAAGAGGGGAAAAAAGAAAAGGAUAAAUUAUGUGAAGAGAUUGGUAUGCAUUUAAAUAAAAUUGAAAAAAUGAAUGAAGAAUUAACUCAUUUAAAACAGGAUGAUUCAUUUGAUAAAUUUCGAAAAAUUGUUUUAGAAAAAGUUAAUAAAACAGAUGGUGAUAUUAAAAAUUUGGCACAAUUACUUGAAUUACUUACAAAAGAAUUAGAAAAUAAAACAAUUAAAGAAAAUUUAAUUAGUAAACAAAUAAUAGAAGUGGAACAAAAAUAUUUAAAAAAUAAAAAAUUAUUGAGUAUGUCAAAAAAAAAACUUAAAAAAAAGAAAAAGAAAAUAGACAAUAUGAAUGAGGAAAUUUCAUACUUAAUUAAAAAAAAUAGAAACUUAAUAAAAACAAUAAGACACUUAAAAUUGCAAAAUUCUGAUUUAACUAUUACAGAAAAAAGAGGCAAAGAAGAUUCCAUUUUUAAAGAUGAAGAAAAAAAAAAAAAAAAUGAUAAUUUAAUUUAUCAUAAAACAUAUAAUAAUAAAAUUAAAAGUAAUGACACUAGUGCAAAUAUUGCUCACUUUUUAUCUAAAAAUAGAAAAGGACAAUUAAAAAAUAAUAAGAGGUUCGCAAGUUUUUCAGAUGAAAGUUCCUUAUUUUUAUUUAACGCAAAUAUAAAAAAAGGGCAUUCUUUUGAAGAAUCAAGUAAUAAUGUAAGAGAACCAAAGCAUUUAUCAAAAUUUCAUAAAAAUUGUAAAUAUAAAAUACGUCUGGAGCAAUAUGAAAAUUGA